AAACACCAACUGUUAUUUAGCGUAAAUUGUAGCAACAACUUCAAACGUCAAACAUCGAAAAGAGAGUGCCGUCUCUCAUAUUUUGUUUGUGUUAAUUAUAUUUGAUUCAGAGUGGCUAGAAAGUUAUUUAGUUCAAAAUGACGAGUAAUUCGUCUUAUAAUAAUGACAAAGUGGUCCAAGGCGAAGUGGAGUAUCCUGCCACCGAUCCGGCGUCUGGGGCGUUCUUCCAAGCGGAUUACAAAAAGAAUGAUGAUCUUAAAAUGAUGCUUGAUGGCUCCAAGGAUUCCUUAAAGCUAGAAGCGAUGAAGAGGAUCAUUGGAUUGAUUGCUAAAGGCAGGGAUGCUUCAGACCUCUUCCCAGCAGUGGUGAAGAAUGUGGUGUCAAAGAAUAUAGAAGUGAAGAAACUAGUGUAUGUGUACCUGGUCCGGUAUGCUGAGGAGCAGCAGGAUCUGGCGCUUUUAUCCAUCAGCACCUUCCAACGGGCUCUCAAGGACCCAAACCAGCUGAUCCGCGCUGGGGCCCUACGGGUCCUGUCCUCCAUCCGCGUGCCCAUGAUAGUUCCCAUCGUCAUGCUGGCCAUCCGAGACUCCGCCUCCGACAUGAGUCCCUACGUGAGGAAGACCGCUGCGCACGCCAUACCCAAACUAUACAGCCUAGACCCCGAGCAGAAAGAAGAGCUAGUGUCUAUAAUAGACAAGUUGCUAUCGGACAAGGCGCCUCUAGUGGUCGGUUCGGCAGCUAUGGCGUUCACAGAAGUCUGUCCCGAACGAAUGAGCCUCAUACACCGCAGUUAUAGAAAAAUCUGUUCCCUGCUAGCGGACGUGGACGAGUGGGGUCAGCUGACCCUGCUCAACGUCCUGACGGUGUACGCGAAGACUUUCUUCCCAGACCCGAACGAUGAGCAAUACUCGACGGACAGCGAUGAGCCAUUCUACGAGUCAGACAGUGAAACCGAUGGAGUACCCAAGAAGCGACCGCAGCGGGCCGCGCCUUUAGAUCCUGACCACAGAUUGCUGCUACGCGCCGCUAAGCCGUUGCUGCAGAGCAGAAACUCGGGCGUGGUUAUGGCGGUGGCUCAACUGUUCUACCACGCCGGACCAGCGCAAGAGUUAGCACCCGUGGCGAAAGCGAUGAUACGCCUCCUACGCGCGCCCGUGGAAGUGCAGAGCGUCGUACUCAACUCCAUAGCGUCGCUCACUGUUAACAAACGGACUCUAUUCGAGCCGUUCCUGAAAUCCUUCUUCGUUCGCAACUCGGACCCCACACACCUGAAACUGCUCAAGUUGGAGAUCCUCACCAACCUCGCUACAGAGACCAGCGCGGCUGUGGUACUCAGGGAGUUCCAGACAUACGUCACCUGCUCUGAUAAGGUGUUUGCUGGAGCAACUAUCCAGGCUAUCGGCAGAUUGGCUGUGGCCAUUCAAGGCGAGGCUGAGACGUGUCUCAAUGGCCUACUGAAGUUGCUUAGCAGUAAAGAUGAGUGGGUGGUGUGCGAGGCCGUGGUGGUGGUGAAGCGCGUGGUGGGCGGCGGCGCCACGUCGGCGCGCGCCGCCGUGGCCCGCGCCGCCACGCUGCUGCGCUCCGACAGAUUGGCACCAAACGCACGAGCGGCAGCCGUGUGGUUGGUGGCAGAGCACGGCGCUGAACAUCCUCGAGCGGCCGCCAUCUUGGCCCACAUGGCUGGCAACUUCGCUGACCAGGAUGAACUAGUGAAACUCCAGCUACUAUCAUUGGCUGUCAAACUGUCAAUAACCCAACCCGACACGUUACCAGUGUGUCGCUACGUGAUGACGCUCGCACACUACGAUGCGAGUUACGAUGUACGCGACCGAGCAAGGAUGCUGCGGCGUUUCAUAUUACAGGACAACGAGUUGUCUAAACACAAGGCAGAGAUAUUCCACGUCCACAAACCGAAGCCGCCGAGUCAGAGCAAUUUCAAAGACCGUGAGCAGUUCAUCUUUGGGUCCCUGUCCCAAUACAUCGGGAGUACGGCGGCGGGGUACCGCCCCCUGCCCACGCCACCAGAAACAGCACAAGGCGCGCGACUACGCGCAGAACCGGCGCAAGAGAUCGAAGCACCGGCUAGUAAACAUGUUAGUAUACUGUCACAGAAAGACAAGACGUUCUACUCGGAGCCAGAAAGCAGCGGGUCCGGGUCCUCAUCAUCAGAAGAGUCCAGCUCCGAAGAGUCUUCAGAUGAAGAGGAUAGCAACGAUGCGGAUAAGAAAGUGGAGAAAGCAAAAGAGGCUAACAACUACAACAGCAACUCCGGAACUUCGGAGAGCGAUUCGGACAGUGAUUCAUCCAGUUCCGACGAGGAGAGCGCUUCAGACAGCUCGGCGGAGACCACCGAUCAUUCCACAGAGGCCAAGGAGAAGGUGCCAGAAAAACCAGAAUCCAAGUCGAAACCGGAACCUAAAUCCAACGAGAAGUCAAAUUUGGAAUUGUUACUGGAGUUAGACGAAGUUGCCAGUUCUCUACCUACUAUGACGCCGACGUGUGGGGGUUUCCUGUCGCCGCCCAGCGUUGGGCCUGGGGCUAUUGGCGAUGACGCUAUCACCCCCGUCUCGCCCGCUUUCACCCCCACCACGGCUACCGAAGUGAUCUCCCGCGUGACGUCACGCGGCCUGGCAGCCACCCGCCGCUGGCCGCGCGCGCCGCACCUCUACUCCGCCGCCAUGUGCGCCGUAGAGAUCACCUUCACCAACUGCACGCAGGAGGAUAUCGGGAAUAUUAGGAUUAAUAAAAAGACGCUAACAGGGUCCCGUUCCAUCCACGACUUCGCGAGCAUAGCAGGCCUCGCGCCCGGCGCGUCCGCCAGCACCACUCUUGGAGUAGACUUCCAAGAUUCCAUACAGCCUGUGGAAUUCACUGUUAUCUCUUCUUUGGGCGAAGUGUCAGUGUCAAUAACGCCACCUGUCGGCGAACUUAUGCGAGCGGUCACCAUGUCAGAAGCGCGUUGGGACACAGAACAGAAAAGACUUCGUGGCAUGACCGAGUGCGAUAAAAAAGCGGCGAAGCUGGAAGAUGAAGCGGCGAUCUGCAAACGUGUUUUCGAAACGGCGAAUGUGGCCGCCAUAACGGCAGAAGGGGAAUUCCUGAGAUUUGCUGGGCGUAUGAUGUCAUCUCAAGACCUGGUGUUGCUCUCCGUGAGGAUCGACUCGGAUUCGACCAGGGUUACUGCGAACUGUCCCAACAUGGCCAUCGCUUCGCUAUUAGCCAACCAGGUGGCACAGGCUUUCAAUACGUAAAUUAAUAAAAUGUUAUUUCAAAUAUAUUAACCUUUUGGACGCCAAUGACCGAUAUAUCCGCAUCACACUUCGGUGACACGUCGUCCGAGUGACAGCUUUUAUUUUUGACACGGCGUCGAAAAGGUUAAGAACGGGUCACUCAUCCGUUCGUCACCGUCAACGCAAGCUCCUGAUGACACUCCUCCGUACGGAGUGAAACAUGUCGAGCUUUUUUCGACUUAAAUUACGUGAGUUACCCGUUCUUAAUAUAUUUAAUAUGUCUGUGUCUCACGGAAGUUUUGUUAUUAAAAUUAGUUCAAAUUUUAAUUAAUCCAUGAGUCAGUAAUUGAGUUUUUUUUGUAAAAAAACAAACAAAAAUUGGUUUGAUGCCGGCUUUUAUCGCCGUCUGUAUAAUUUUUUCAACAGUCUAAUAUUUAUCGAGACAGUUGUAACGACCUCAAACCCAAACAGCAAGAUGUCGUUUGGUUUUUUUUUUGUACUCCUACGAUGUAGAAUACAUUCAAUUAUACCAUACCCCACUUACUGCAGUUAAAUGCUAUUUUUAUUUUAUUUACUGCAGUUAAUACAUUAAUAUUAUAAAUGCAAAUAUAACCAUAC